GUCACCUUCACUAGAACAAAGAAGUUGUUUAUUUCCAGGAUUCGUAUCUGCUCGCGUUGAUGUCCGUUGUCUUCUUGUUAAAUCACGUACACGACUCAAGAUUGACAAUAAUCCGUAUGCUGGGGCUCUUGGAGAUGAAGAACCGAGCACGAGCGAUGCCAUCACGACAGUAGCAGCAACAGCUCGAGUCAAACAUUCUCUCAACAAUUCUCGAGUAAGUCUCUAAUCCGUUUAGUCUUAUGUGUUAUGCAUAGAUGAGCAGCUGUGUGAAUUUGUCUACUCUAGAUGCUUUACGAUGGGUGCUUACGAUUAGAGCCGAAGUAGCAGUAACAGCUCGAGUCAAACAUCUUCUUGAAUACUUUAUGAUGGGUGCUUACGAUUACUUCCGAUGUCGUCAUGUUCAUGUUCAAAUGUCGAGUCCACGCUCCCGUUCACCUUGCCAUCCGUCUUCUCUCCUGCUCGUUCCUCGCGUCGUCGUUGACUCCAUUUCACGGUUUGUCUUCUUUGCUGGUCGUCAGUCCGAACGACCGUCGUUACAGUCAAAGAAGCGAUGCACGAGCGACUGCCGAAGAAACGUUCUUUUUCCGGCGCUCCUUCCUCUAAGAUGUGUUGCAGGCAGGAGGAGGAUGGCAGUUGUCAAAUGAUGAGCCGCCGGCAGGAGGACAAGGACGGUGCGGUUGAGUCGGUCAACAGCAGUCGGAAAGUGGCGUUCACUCAGCAUGCGCCGAAAUAACAUAGGGAUAUACGGGUAACUUCGUCCAGGAAGAGGCGCUUGGUAAAGAGAAGGCGGUGACUAGCUAGAGAAGAAUUCGUGCUUCUCGUCUAGCACAAGUCUGGCAAGUGCAGAAUUGGUACUGUUCGAGUGAAAGACAAGAAACUGUGGAUAUUUCAGCUAGGAAGAUUGAGCGAUAAGAAAAAAUCGGUGUGUGUACUUGUUGACGACUUGUAGACAAUUAUGAUAGGACGAUUUGAUUGGUAGGGGAUUCUAGCGCUAAAUUGAUUAUGAGUAGUUGCUUUUGCUCUAUUUCAUGAAACAUUGAAACACACUUGUACUACCAAUUGCAAUUUAAUUUUUGUCCUGUACAUGUA